AUGGAAAGGGACCCUAAAAGUUGGUGCAGGGCAUUCUUUGAAGUGGACAGGGCUUGUGAUGCUUAUGAGAAUGGCAUAUCAGAAAGUUUCAACUCUGUUAUUGAUCUUGCUAGGAAAAGGCCACUCAUCACCAUGUUGGAAGAGAUAAGGAUUUAUGCAAUGGAGAGGAUGUAUAAAAUGUUGCAAGAGGGACAAAGUUGGGGGAAUUUAAAAAUAUGUCCAUCUAUAAGGUUGAAGAUAUCAAAGCUAAAGAAACAGCAAAGAUUUUGGGGUGUUAUACCAUCUGGGAUACAACAAUAUGAAGUUAGGAUUGGAAAUGAUGGAUAUGCUGUGGACCUUAACAACAACACAUGUGGAUGUAGAUCUUGGCAAGUAUCAGGUAUCCCAUGUGUGCAUGCAGUGGCAGCCAUUUCAUACCUUAACAGGAAUGCAGAGGAUUAUGUUGCACCAUGGUUCCAUACAGCCAUGUUCUUGACUUGUUACAACCAUACCAUUAACCCACUUAAUGGUAGUUCCAUGUGGCCUGAAGCUCCCUACAUGAAGCCAUUGCCUCCUCAAAAAAGAAGGUUACCAGGAAGGCCAACCCUUAAAAGGAAAAAAGAUCAAUCUGAGAUGGAAAGCAAGGGGAAAACAAGGCAUACUAUCUCAAAAGCAGGUUCAGUUAAUAGAUGCACUAUUUGUAGAGAAAGGGGCCACAAUAGAUCAACAUGUCCUACUAGACCAGCAGAUGUAGCAUCCACUUCAAGGCCAAAAAACAAGAAACCUAAAAAAUGUAAAAAAGAGAAAGUGGAUCCAGUUCAAGUACCAGCUCCACAGGUUGAUCCAGUUCAAGCAGAUCCAGUGGAUCCAGUUGAUGUACCAGCUCCACAUGUUGAACCAGUUCAAGUAGAUGAUCCACAUCCAGAUGUUGAUGUCCCUGCUCAACCAGUUGCAACUAGGCAGAGGAUACGAAAAUACUCAGAAAGAAUUACCAAGAUAGGGUUGAGGAGGAAGGUUUUGAAGAAAGAAGGAAGCACUGGACACAACCCAAUGGUGUUGGAAUGA